UCCCAGUGCUGCCUCACUCUACUCCUCUUCCAUUGCUUCUUAUAUCAGUUCUCCAUUAUUUUGUGAUUCACCUUGAACCAGAAGAAAUGGGCUUCAACCAUUUGCUUCGUACGAUUAUCAAACACAAGCUUGGUUCAUCUGCAAAAGAUGUUGCUGCUUUUAGAACUUCUAGUGAGCGGCUCGCUCAGAUUCAAUUACUUACCCAACCGUAUGGUACAGAAGCAUCAUUGGAAAGGGAUAAUUGGACUACUGAUUCAAGAAAUGGUCAAGGUUUCAAAGGCCAUGGUAUGAUUGCUCCUUUCACUCCUGGUUGGCAGAUUGCUGAUGUGAAUCCUUUGGUCAUAGAAAAAUCUGAGGGUUCCUAUGUUUAUGACAUUAAUGGGAAGAAAUAUCUCGACUCCCUGGCUGGUUUAUGGUCCACAUCCUUGGGGGGAAGUGAGCCUCGGCUUGUUGCUGCUGCCACCGCUCAACUGAAUACCCUGCCAUUUUAUCAUUCGUUUUGGAAUCGCACAACAAAGCCAUCUCUGGAUCUAGCAAAAGAAAUACUAGAAAUUUUUACGGCAAGGAAAAUGGGGAAGGUGUUCUUUACAAAUAGUGGAUCAGAAGCAAAUGAUUCUCAGGUAAAACUGGCUUGGUAUUAUAAUAAUGCACUGGGGCGACCAAAAAAAAAGAAAAUCAUCUCUCGUUUGAAAGGGUACCAUGGCUCCACACUUAUAGCGGCCAGUCUUACCGGUAUUCCAGCUUUGCAUCAACAAUUUGAUCUUCCUGUUCCAUUUGUCCUGCACACAGACUGUCCUCACUACUGGCGCUAUCAUCUUCCCGGUGAAACCGAGGAAGAGUUCUCAUCAAGAUUAGCUAACAAUUUAGAGAAUCUCAUUCUGAAGGAAGGACCUGAGACAAUUGCUGCCUUUAUUGCCGAACCCGUCAUUGGAUCAGGUGGUGUGAUACUUCCUCCUGCAACUUAUUUUGAUAAAGUCCAAGCUGUGCUGAAGAAAUAUGAUGUCCUUCUCAUUGCAGAUGAGGUUAUUUGUGGUUUCGGAAGGCUUGGGACGAUGUUCGGAUGUGAUAAAUACAAUAUUAAGCCAGACUUGGUAUCAAUAGCAAAGGCUCUUUCUUCUGCAUAUAUACCUAUUGGCGCUGUCAUUGCCAGCCCUGAAGUUUCAGAUGUCAUACACUCUCAAAGCAAUAAGCUUGGUAAUUUUGCCCACGGAUUUACAUAUUCUGGACAUCCUGUUGCAUGUGCUGUGGCAAUUGAAGCACUGAAGAUCUACAAAGAGAGAAAUAUUCUUGAGCAAGUAAAUAACAUCUCUCCAAGGUUUCAAGAUGGUAUAAAAGCCUUCAGUAACAGCCCCAUCAUUGGAGAGAUAAGGGGGACGGGAUUGAUUUCAGGCAUAGACUUCACAGACAACAAAUCACCCAACAGUCCAUUUCCUCCUGAAUGGGGGAUAGCUGCAUAUUUUGGUGAAAUGUGUGAGAAGCACGGAAUGUUAGUGCGUGUUUCCGGGGAUACUAUAACAAUGAGUCCUGCCCUCAUUGUCUCACCUGAAGAAGUUGAUGAGAUUAUAAGCAUCUUUGGGAAAGCAUUGAAGGAUACUGAAGACAGGGUGAAGGAACUCAAAUCUCAACAGGAGUAGUCGAACCAAGCAAGUCUAAUCGAAAACGUCGAAAGGUUUGUUUGGAUGAAUGUAUAAGGUGGGUGUUGAAUUACAGUGUAUGCUCCAGUGGGUUGUGAAAAAAGAAUUGGGGCUAGUGUGUUAUCUCAGUUGUAGUUGUCCAGUUCCUGAAUAAGCCUAAGUAUUAUGAAUAUCUGUUUAUCACACCACCAUUAUUGGUCUGUUUAUUGUGUUAAUCCAUUGUAUUUGAAAAUAAGUAUUGGAGGAAUUGUGUUAUCACAACA